GGACAUACGUUUAUUCCGGGUCCUGUAACGGUUAUUCAUUCGAAUAAGAGUUAAUGUUUUUAUCGAAUUUAUUAUAAGACCAAAUCAACUUCAGGUAGCUUUAUUUGCUUAGAAAUUUUCUAUGACUAAAUAUGAAGUUUUAUAGACAAUAUAUUGCACUUUUCAAAAAGGCUUUAGCAAGAUAAUGAACAGUGAUAAUAGACCUAUCUCUCUGAUGGAGGAGGAUGUCGAAUUAAUUGAAGCUGACGACUCGAGAAUUCCAGAAGUUAAAGAUAUUAAGCGAAAUUUGAGUCCUGACUUCUUGGAUGUUAAUCAAACCAUUGCAAAGCAUAAUGAAAUCGAAAAUGCCCUUCAUGUUUACCUUAGAAUACGACCGUUUACAAUAGAUGAGAGAGUGAAUAACGAGGAUCGGGAUUGUAUGGAGUUGGUGUCAGAUACUGUUUUACUGACAAAUGCGCCACCCGAAUCUCACACUUUUAAAAAUUCACAAAGGGGAAGAGGUCGUCAAAUUCAUAGAUUUGCUUUCUCUAAGAUUUUUAACGAAGACGCUAGUCAAGACCAACUUUUCAGCUCUACUUUAGAAUAUUCCGUUAAAAAAUUUAUAGCUGGCAGAAAUGCUCUCCUAUUCACGUACGGUGUAACUAACAGUGGCAAAACUUACACAAUACAAGGAGAUAGUACUAAUCCCGGGCUGCUGCCAAGAUCUAUUGAUAUCAUUUUCAACACGUUACACGACUCCAUUGAUAAAGAACCCAAAAUAAGACCGACUAUGUUUUCUGAUGUUGUUUAUUUGUCGGCAGCUCAAUUACAAGCUGAAAUUAAAUUACGAGAAGAUGUUUUUGAGAUGCUAAACAAUCUAUCUUCUGACUCUGAGGAAACAAAAUCUUUAAAUUCCAUUACGACAACCACAACUAGUUGUUCAAAAAGUUCUUUGGGAUCAGAAGUAGAUAUAGAGAGAGUUCAAAAUAUUUUCAAUUUCGAUCUUGAUCCUUCAAUGGAUAAGUCGAAGUAUACAUACUCUUUAUGGGUCUCCUACGCUGAAAUUUACAAUGAGUACAUUUAUGACCUUCUAAGUCCUUUACCGCUGAGGAAAAAGAGAAGACCAACGUUAAAAUUGGGUCAAGAUACGAGAAAAAUUCCAUACAUCAAAGACUUAAAAGAAAUAUUCAUAACGUCCAGUGAAGAGGCAGCAAAAAUACUUACAAUUGGAAGAAAUAAUUUGCACAUAGCUGCCACCAAACUUAAUCAACAUUCAAGUAGAAGUCACAGUAUUUUUACUCUUAAGCUUGUGUGCGUUCCAAAGUCAUCGUCUGACGAUAAGAAGUUUUUGAAAAAAGCUAUUGUCAGUACCCUAUCCUUCUGCGAUUUGGCUGGUGCUGAAAGAUACACGAAAACAGAUGCUGUUGGACUUCAAAUAAAAGAAGCCGGUAACAUUAAUGGUAGCUUACUAGCCCUUGGUCGCUGUAUGAAAGCUCUAAGACAUAAUCAGAUGACAACUAACCCUAGAAACAAAUUAAUUGUUCCAUUUCGUGAUUCAAAACUUACAAGGUUGUUUCAAAGUUACCUUUGUGGCAAGUCAUCAGUCGCGAUGGUUGUAAACAUAAACCAGCGGGCGUCUAUGUUUGAUGAAACUCUUCAUGCUCUCAAGUACUCAGCAAUAGCACAGGAUAUUGUGAUUAAGGAAGCUCCAGUAACACCCAAGAGAGUUAUAGUUGAAGAUCUUGAUUGCGACAAAACACUAGAAGACGCUGAUUGUCCAAAUGAAGCGGAUUUAUUGGACAUCAUAGAGAAAUUAGAAAAUGAACUUCGAAGAGAAAAAGCAAAAAAUAAAAAACUUGAGUUAGAAGUUACUGAAGAAGUAGCUGAACGUUACCAGCAACAAAUCAAUGAAAUCUAUGAAAGACACCAAGAAGAAAUGGACGAAUUAGAGGCUCGUCUAGAAGAUAAAUACGAGAAAAAAAUGGAGAAUAUGAUGGAACAAUGCCAAAAUUCAACGCGUAAAAGGAGAAAAACAACACUGAUAAUAGAUGAUGACUCAAAUAUUGCUAUUGCAAAGUAUAUUCAUGAAAUUGAAAGUCUUAAAGAUAAAUUGGAGGAAGCAAACAACAAACGAGAUGAUGCUCUCUCUGCCCUCAAAGAAUUUACAGAGGAAAAACAAGAAUUACAAACGGAUUUGACGACAACUAAAAUGCAAUUUGGUUUCGAAAUACAAGAGCUGAGAAAACAAAACUCUUCAUUAGCGAAAGAAAACGAGAAUAUGAAAUAUCAAUUAGAAAAAAUAACCCAGAAACAUCAGAAUAUGGAAUAUGCAUAUAAACAUACUUUGGAGAAAUUUCAAGUAGAGAAGGAAGAGCUGGAAAAAGCUAGAGAAAAAGCGGAAUCGGAUCUUCAUUCAACAAAGUCAUCGGUUCUUACGGAUACAUUAUCGACAAGUUCCCUGCAUAAAACACGGUAUUUCUCAGAUAUUACUCAAAUGAGUAUUGAUUCCUCAACGCCGAUUAAACGUUCCAAUAAGAAGACAGACGAAAAGAAUCGACAUCAAAAGAAUGAAAAGGAAAACAAGCCAGUUGUCGUUUCUCCUCCAGUCGGUCACAAUGUUGACAAACCGUUUCAGUCCUUUCUACCAGCGGUCGAGGAGCGUACUGACGAUAGCCUUCUUCCGGAUUUUUCAACUAUCAAAUUAUCAGAUAAUUCGAAAAGGCUUUUUCCUAGUCUUGGAAAUUCUUCUCCUCGUGUAGUUUCUGAUUCGAAAAAAAGUGGAUCUGGCAAGAAAUCCAAGUUUAGAAGCCCUUUUCGAAUGAUGAGUAGAAAGAAUGACGACUCACCGUCACCUUUGUCUAGCGCAGGCUCAGGAAUUGUCAAGAGAUUACGGUCAAAGAUGAAGAUAAAAUAG